AUGUGGUCCUCCAACAAACCGCAUUUCAUUUCACAUUUUGUCGGCCCCAUAGGGCCUUUGCAAAAAUUGGCAGGGAGGCGAGGCAGCCAAUGGAUUGGCGAACGGGGAACGGAACGGGGAACGGAGGGAACGCCUACUCGGGAAGGUCGACGUGCUGGUGUGGUUUCCGUUGAGGGAAACCUCCACCGUCGGCGUACCAUUGCGAAGUCGCAGAUGGUCCUCCUGUUGAUAUUCUGCUUUUCCUGUGCGGUGGCGAGCACAACGACAGUCUGUCCCCAUCCAUUCAUACCCGCAAAUGGUCACGUCGUCUUCGACGCUCCGGCUCCCUAUUUUCUAAAUACCGUUGCUAAAUACAGUUGCGCUCCCGAAUUCGAAAAAGUCGGCGGCACCGACGAGAGGAUGUGCUCUUCUUCAGGCUCAUGGAGCGGUGAAGCACCUGUGUGCCGCUAUAGAUGUGGCCGCUGGCAAACCCGCCUUUCAGUAAGCGUAGUUAGCUCAUUACUCGAUUUUCCGAGGAAAUUGCCUCUCACAGCGACAAUACGGCUGUCUUGGUGGGAGGUCGAUCUGCUCAGUUCCUAUUCCGUUCAUGGUGUAGCAAUCCGGCUUGGUAAACAGUCGUCACCCAUACUCAACGUGUACCUCAUCCAACAAAACGGUGACCUUCGUCUGAUGUGUGAAUGCAUGGCGUAUCUUGGAGGUAGCUCAGUUACUUUUCAGUUAUGUGACAUUUCUGGUUACGCGUUCUUCGAAAACACUACUGUGUACGUGCAUUGCGAACUUGCCGAUGUGGAGAAGGUUCGGAUUGUGGCCGAGAAUCGACUUCACCUUUGUGAAGCACGCGUAUACGCCACUAAUGCC